CAACAAAAGUUGAAACUGAAUUCAUGCUUAUUUUUAAGACUUUUAAAAUGAGCUCAGCAUACAGUGGUCCUUUUUUUUUUAACUUAAUUAAGAACGUCAAUAAAAGUGAAACCUGACAGCUUACAACCAAUGACUUAUAGAAGUAUCAUGAUGCAGCUGAUUAAUGCUGAUAAAAUUUAUUAUAACAUGAGUUCUGUUAGAAGGUGUGUUCAAGCUUUAUAGAGGUUGUGCUCUUUUAUAGUGCUGUGCAUGACAACAAGAGACAAGACACAAUAUCCAUGUUUCCUAAUGCAUCAACCCCAUUUCAUAGAGAUCACAUUUACUUGCAACUAAACUGGAUUAUUUUUUAGGUAAAAUUAUGAGGAAAUGUUGUUCAUUAAUAUAUAUGGUCCUACUGAACAUAUUAAAAUGCUCAAUGAUGUGCUCAGUAUGAAACAUUUUUGCAAUACACUGCCACAUGUUUAUCCUGCAGUGACCAAAAGUCUGCAGUUUAAUUACAAAACAUAACAUUAUUUAACCAAACUGCAACCUUUUUGCAUCCUAAGUGCUGUUACUGGCUAACCACACACAAAUGCUGCACUAUGUACUGUGGAGGAAUGGAUUCUGAACAUAAUCCAGUUAGCGAUUACACUUGCCAUAUCAUUGGGACAGUCAUCUAAUACUACAUAAAAGUAACAUGUGGGGUUGUCAUGUCUCAUAUGAUCAGGGAGUUGUGAAAAGUGAAUGUUGAAACCAUUGUAAUUCCCAGAUCAAAGAUUUAGGAAAAUACCUUUUGUUUUCGUCAUUGAGCUGCUGUUUUCAUAAACUUUAGAUAUGCAGGCAGACUGUGAGACAGUCAACAGCUCUCGAAAAAAUUGCAAAUGAAACAUGAGUUUUAUUUUUUCUUUAAAAAGAUGUGUAUCAGAGGUUAACAUUGAGUUAAUAUAUAGAUAUUUCAAUACCAUAUUAUUUUUAGAUUUUAUAUUUUUAACAGGGCUGCACAGUGGUUAGCACUUUCCCCUUACAGCUAGAAGAUCCCCAGUUCAUGUCCCGGCUUUCCUGGGAUCUUUCUGCAUGGAGUUUGCAUGUUCUCCCUGUGCAUGCAUGGGUUUUCUCCGGGUACUCCGGCUUCCUCCCACAAUCCAAAAACAUGCUGAGGUUAAUUGAUGAUUCCAAAUUGUCUGUAGGUGUGAAUGUGAGUGUGAUUGUUUGUCUCUAUGUGCAGCCCUGUAUUAGAGUGGUGACCUGUCCAGGGUGUCCCCUGCCUUUACACUAAGUCAGCUGGGAUAGACUCCAGCCCCACUGCAACCCUAAUGAGGAUUAAGUGGUGUAUAGAUAAUGGAUGGAUACAUAUUUUUAAUACUUUUUCUGUAUUUUUCACUCAAAUCUCAGUUUCAAACUUUUUAAACCUGCAUACAGUUAUUGCAAAAACUUGCCUGUAUGAUCACGCUACUUUAAGUUACAGUUAGGGUUCCCAUUUUAGCAAUGAAGAGGAUUAUAUAAACAUUCAACAAAUGGUUUACAGUAAAGAAAAAUGUCAUUGUGCACAGCUAUAAUGACAUUCGAAAUGUUAAUUAAUGUAGAAUUAUAAGCCAGUCUAACCUAUUCUAUGAAGACAUUUUGGGUAUUAAAUUAUAUCCAUCUUCUGUUCAUCUUUUAUCUGAUUACAAGUACAUUAUAGUGUGUUGUAAAUCAUUUAAGAAAUGCACAAAUAUGUUUCAUGUUUAAUAUUUAUUAAUUAUUUAAAAAGUCAAGUGUUUUAACCUUCUGUUCAGCAAGGCUCACAUACAAUAUGUGCUAAAAGUCAGUAUUGCUUGAGUAUCACCACACUUGUUUCUUAUAGUUACCAGAAUACCCAGAUUGGUGAGGUUUUAAAUUAUGUUGAGCAGAAUGUAGAGCUGCCUCAGAGAAAAGACAAUCCACAUCGACCACAUGGUGUCAGCAGAGGACCUCCUGUAUCACACCUCACUGCUUUCAUUCUGCAGUCCGCUGCAAACAGUGCAAACACUGAACAAAAUGGGAAACAUCUAACAUAUUAAUACCCUCUGCUAACGCUGUGGUGUUUUCUCAAAGGCAUUCUUAUGCAAUUUCCAUGUUUUAGUUUAAGGUCUUAACACUGUUCUUCCACUGAUAAACAUAUGAAUGUAUUAAAUGGACCUAUUCAGUCCCACAGGAGGUAAGUCACAACAGUUUGAGUCUUCAUAUAUGUUACAUUAUGUGACAUUUUACUUUCAUUUUGUUACAUGUUGUUGUGUUUUCUAUUGUUUAAUUGCCAUCUCUUUUGUGUUUUCAGUUGUUGGGAAGCUGACAUAAAGCAAAACAGCUCUGAUGGACACAAGUCAAAAGAUCUCUUUAUAUCUGGCUGACAUCCUAACCUGUCCCAUAUUGGAUUGUUGACCACCCCAGCCUGACCAGAUGCCAUUGAAGGAGAAUUUAUGAGUCUGUGACUCCCUUGCUGUCUCCCACUCCUUCAGUCAGUCUCUGCUGACCUCCUCAUCGUCACUUCGUAGAGUCUGUAACCAACAACAAUUCAAGAUGUCUGAGGGAAAGAAGAUGACAUCGAGCCGCAGGCAUCAUCUGAAGAGUUUGAUACUGCAGAUUGCUGCUAACUGGCUAGAGCAGGAAGCUGCUGAUAUCGCAGCUGCCAAGGAAGCUUAUAUGGCAGAGAAUUGUCCUGCCCCCAACCUGAGCGGAGACCAGGCGGCUCUGAUGGAAAUCUGCAAAAAGCUGGCCCAGGCUGCUGACAAGAUUGAUGAAGAAAGAUAUGACGCUGAGGCCAAAGUGGCAAAGUCAGACAAAGAGAUUGCAGAGCUGAAGCUGAAGGUGGUCGAGCUGGCUGGAGUGAAGAAACCUGCCCUGAAGAAAGUGCGUAUGUCUGCUGACGCCAUGCUGCAGGCUCUGUUGGGAGGAAAACACAAGGUGACCAUGGACCUGAGGGCCAACCUGAAGCAGGUCAAGAAGGAGGUCAAAGAGGAGGCUACAGAGGCAGUCGGCGACUGGCGUAAGAACAUUGAGGAUAAAGCUGACAGGAAGAAGAUGUUCGAAACUUCUUAAAGACUUUCUAAUGCAAAUUUCCGUUUUCCCUCCCUCUGGACUGCUGCACCUCUUGUCCACUGUUACAUCUGACAUUUUUCAUGGAAGUGGAAAAACUUGUGCAAUUAAAUUUUCUUUUUGGAAUAAGGCAA